CACAGUUAUAGUUAUGAGUGGCCUGCAGUGGUUAGCCUUAGGUGGUGAUACACGUGCGGGUCCUUAGCACCAGGCAAGACCAUGAACAUUGCUACGGCUUUCGCCGGCUUUAGCUACAAAGUGAAGGCGCUGUUCCGAGGGAAUAAAAAACCGACAGCUCGAGUUUAUGAACAUAUACCAAAAUUUGAACGGCAAAACAGUAAGAACGCGCAAAAAUCCCCGACCAAACAAUCGCCAAAGAGGUCACCUAACACUUCGAGGAAACGGAAUGAACCAGCAAGACCCAGCGAGAAGAAGAAUUAUAUGUCGUUUUUCAAUAAUAUUAUAGAGUCUGUUGUGAACCUCUUUUCAGGAGCGGAUUCUGAACAAGAAGAGCUUAUAAAGCCAGCAAAAGGAAGGUCGGAAACUACAACGGCUAGUCCAACAGCGCCGAAAGUAAACAAACAAGCCAGUCAUGACAUUGAAGCAAUUGGAGAAGAUGACUUGGACAGCAAGGAGGAUACGAAGCUCCUGCAAGAAGGUGAAGACGAUGAUGAAGAAGUAUUCUCUGCAGAGAGUAAGGGAACCACAUCGAGUCUACAAGCUGGAUGGAAUAUUUCAAAUUUAAUACAAGGUAAAAUGUUGUGUCACAAUGGGGGCAAACGUCCUACUACCAUUUUCCUGUAUUGACGGGGUGUUUGUACUACAAAAUUUGCUCAGAUUGAGCACUAACAAGACUGUCACAUCUUAACUGAUAAACAAUUAAACAGUUCCCAUUAAAUACAAUGUAAGAGGUUGUGUGAAAGGUCACAAUGGGGCUAAUGUACGACUAACAUUUGCACGUAUUGAUGGGGGAAACUUACUACUAAAAUUUUCUUGGAAUGAUCACUAACAAGACUGUCACAUGCCCGUGUUUAUGGGGUUAACAGACUACUCAUUGCAAUUGUCAGUAUCUUAACUGGCAACUGAUAAACGAUGGAAUUGUUUGAGGUUCUGGAUGGAGUUAACGUACUAAUAAAGUUUGCCCAUACUUUUUGCUGACAACUGAUAAACUAUUUUAACUGAAAGCUGACAGACGAUGAAAAGCAAUUUGGAACUGACAUUUUGUAACUUGAAAUUUGCUCAUUGUAUUUAGAAGUGAUGUCCAAAGAGCGCUAUUAAGACCCUCUUGUAUAUAAAGACCCAUAGAUCGUUUCAUCUCUUAUGCAUGUAUGCGAUUUAAUAUGUCAGGCUUCACACUGAGUUUCGAAAUGAUUUUGGUAAUUGAAAUAAAUUGUUUAGAACUGUGAAUGUGUCAAUAUAACAUCAUAUAUCAUGCAAAACAAAACAUCAUUAAACCAUAUUAUUACUUUAGCCAAAAGUUGGCUUAAAACAAAGAUAAAUUAAAGUAAACUAAAUAUGAGACAAAAUAAACAGGAGUUAUUUCUAUGUUUGUAUGAUAUUUAAAAAUUGAGAUAAUAAGACAAGCCAGAAACACAAAUGUUUUGAUUCAGUAUUCCUGAUAUCAACGAGCAUAAUGCUUAAUCAUGUUUGUCUUUUAAAUUUAAAAUGUUGGAAAGUUUUAGUAGUUUACUAAAACAUAGACUUGACAAGAAUAUCGCGUUUUGUUUCGAAGAUUUAAGUUCAUAAAUUGCAAACCGUAUUUCUAACUCUUGGAAAUUGGAAAAACAGAUUAACAUCGUAUUAUUGUAUAUGGCGGGAAAAUACAACCCUGUCACCACAAAUUAUUAAAUAACUGGGCAGAUAAUUGAAAGUAAUUAUGUUAUUGACUAAUUAGGUGUGGUUAGUGAAGAUUAGGUGCUCUGGUGCCACAGAUUGCAUGCACGCAAAUUGAAAAUAUUUUUAAUUUACUUGAGAAGAAUCUACCCCAACCAACUUUGUUCUGCUAACUGUGCAUGAUAAUCGGUGCUGUAGUUCACUUAGUUGUAUUACUGUAAAUUUACUAAAUUGGCUUUCGUAGAAUUGUACGUGAUACCAACGCUCUAGGCGUAGGCGGUGUUGUGUUUUCUUGUAUUUAUCUUGUACUAUUUUGUGUUCUUUAUCUUGUAUUUAUCCGGCAAAAGGUUUUAGCAAGAUAACAUAAAGUUAAAAACAACGGGGAUACGAAUCUUAUCUAUAAUGCAAUUUUUAAAAUAGAACUUCAAUUUUUCUUUGUCCAUCAUUUGAAAACUCGGCAAAAACACGGCAAACUUUAAAAUGAGAUGGAAUUUAUGUUGAGGCAACGCCAGCGAUCACAAAUCGUCUGAAUUUCGCUUAUUUGAUACGGAUAUGUAGUUAUGGGGGUCACUGAAGCCACAAAAAUAUAAUCAGAAACAGAUGUUAGCGCUUAUAGGAACAUAAAAAUGAAAAUAAAAUGCAUUAACAUUAUUUUCCAACUCUGAUAAGUGCCGGUAGACCGCCAUUUCCUCAAGAAUUCUUCAACGGCUGACGACAACAUUCGCUUUUUUUAUUCUAGGCACAGGUACCCUAGGCAUACCCUAUGCAAUAAGCCAAGGAGGUUAUGCUUCUAUAUUUGCGAUGGUGUUUGUCGCGUUGUUGACCAAUUAUACUGGGAAAUUGAUCAUUGAUUGUUUGUAUGCGAAGCAACGAGGAGUGAAAGUCAGAGUUCGCCAAGGUUAUGCUGACUUAGGUAGGUAUAUAUGAAGACUAAGCAUUGCAUCCUAUUGUGUCGAAACAAUACCCCUAUUGUCUAAAACAAUCCGAUCUAUUGUGUUAGAACAAUGGCUUUCGUGUAAGAACAAUGGCUUCAUUGUACCAAAGCAAUGGCUCUAUUGUUUACUAUUGUGUAUGAACAAUAAAUCUAUUGUGUGAUAAUAAUGACUCUAUCGUAUGAGAACAAUAAUCUAUUGUCCAAAACAAUGGCCUAUUAUCUAAAACAAUGACUAUUGUCCAAAUAAUGCCUAUGUUGUAUCGUAAUUAUAUCGCUUCUCCAGGUGAACAUUGCUGGCCAAACCAUGGAAAGACUAUAGUUGGCUGUGCUCAGGUCCUGCAUCUCUUCUCGGCCCUAGUCCUCUACCUCCUACUCAUCUCGGACUUCCUGAACGACAUCUGGCCUCAUCCGGUCCUCCGGCCAUACAUCUGGACAGCGAUUGCAGGAAUCCUGGUUUUCCCAAGCGUAUUCAUAAACGAUCUCUCUCGGAUCUCAUGGCUCAGCAUGUUCAGUGUGUUUGCCUUACUCUUCGUCUUCACCUCAACUAUAGGGUAUAGCAUCUCUGAAUAUCAUACCUGGGACCUUGAUGCCUUGCCUUUCUUUAAUCCCGAAGGUUUCCCGAUCGCUUGGUGUAUAAUUCUGUUCAGUUUUGUGUCCCACCCAUAUCUGCCGUCGGUCGAAGAGAAAAUGAAGUCUCCCGAGCGCUUUCCGCUUGUCAUGAACAUAUGUUAUGCCAUCGCAAUGGUUUUUAAGAUCGCGUUUGGAACCCUGGCUGUGUUCACCUUCAAGACGGAAACAAUGCAGGAGGUUUCCGAGAAUCUACCUUAUGGUCCUCUCAAGUCAGCGAUUGAUACGUUUCUCGGAUUUAACGGAAUGUUUUCGUAUGCAUUGCCUUCGUUUGCGCUCAUAAAUAUCAUCGAUAAAUGGAAUCUGCGACUGAUCCCACCUUGCCACUCGACGGAAGAUUACACGCUUUCUAACAAGGAAUUAUGUGUGAAUUCAGGUCUUCGGAUCCUGCUCGUGUUGUUGUCGGUAAUAGUCGCCGUUAUGGUACCAGAGUUCUCGCUUCUGAUGGCGGUCGUCGGCAGUGUGUCAGCGGUCGCACUCGUCCUAGUCUUCCCCGCGUUAUUUCAUCUGAAUUUAAUGAGAAGCGAGAUGACCAACGUUGGAUAUGUGGUUGAUGUGUCGAUCAUUGUUAUCGGAUUUUUUAGCACAAUAUUUGGUCUUUUCUUCUCCGUUAAGAAACUCGUCAAUGUUUACAAGCUUGACUUUUAG